CAGGCUAUCUCUGCAGUAGAUUGCAACUCCACCCCCUUUGGCAGUUCUAUCUUGUCGGAAAAUGUUAUAGUUAGGUUUGUUUGACAUACACCACCAACACCAUGCAUCUUUACAUUUGAAUCCAUUAUAUUAAACUACUGUUAUCUACUACUGUGGUGCAUUAGUAUUUAACUGAACAUGCGCUGUGGAUCCUCCAGUAACAGGAGUGCUGCUGAAGAAUCAAGACCAUUUUCUUCAGACCAUGAUGACACAGAAGAGGAAAACAACGAACCUGCUUCAAGGGAGUCUUCUCGGCUGUCUAGCUGCGCUCAACCACCACCUGGUGACGUAUCACCAUCCUUGGAGACCCUUUCCAAAGCAUUGUCCACUGCACGGCGUAUUGCCAACAAGUGCUCCCAGUGUGGAAGGUGUUUUAUCUAUCCAUCUCAACUGGUUCAGCAUCAGCGAAUUCACACUGGAGAUCGACCCUACAAAUGCACCCAGUGCGGAAAGACUUUCAGUAAUUCAACUGGGCUUUCAAAACACCACCAAAAACACUGUCUAGACGCGACCUUCGAUUGCCCCAAGUGCGGAGAGAGUUUCAGAUCUCUCCGCCAGCGGUUCAAACACCUAUCUACUCACAAGUCCCUCAAAUGUCUGUUGUGUGGAAAGAGUUGCCAGACGACUUCUGAUUUGCGAAAGCACCAGCAAACACAUAGUGUGACGCCGUCGUUCAACUGCUCUUUCUGUGAAAAACGUUUCAAGUUCCUGUCGAGCCUAACCAGGCACAACAGGACCCAUUCAGUGGAGGGGGGGUAUGCUUGUUCCAAGUGUGGGAAAACAUUUGGAUCUUUAAGUGAACGGCUCCAACAUAAGAGGACACAUAGGGCACAGCUCAACUGUAUGGAGUGCGGACGGAGUUGCAGUUCCCGCUCCGAACUAAAGAGUCACCAGCAAACUCACUCUCGUGAACCUCUCUUCAACUGUCGACACUGUGAAGACAAAUUCUUUGGGUCAGUUGAGCUGAAGAUCCACCAAAAAACUCAUGCAGUGGACAAACCCCAUCAGUGUGAUGCGUGUGGAAAGUGCUUUGGCGCCUUAGCCACCCUUGUACUCCACCAACGGACACACACAGGGGAGAAACCCCACACAUGUCCUCGCUGUAAUAAGCAGUAUAUCUCCAAAAGUCAGCUGACAUCACACAUGCGGACUCACACGGGCGAGCGUCCAUACAGCUGCUCUUACUGUGGGAAGUGUUUCUCUCAGUUGGCUAAUCUUACUGUGCACACAAGGAUUCACACGGGGGCGAGACCUCACAUCUGCUCUCAGUGCAAGAAAGGGUUUUGCUCAGUCAGUGACCUGCAGAAGCAUGAGCGCUCUCACACCCAAGAGAAACCUUACAGGUGCACAGUUUGUGGAAAGGCCUUCACAGUGUCAAGUCAUUUGACGGUUCACAUACGCAGUCACACAGGAGAGCGCCCCUACACCUGCCCUGAGUGUGGAAAGAGUUUUGCGCAGAGCUCUGUCUUAACUAAACAUCAAUUCACCCAUACGGGAGAGAGGCCAUACCCAUGUCAUCACUGUGUAAAAAGUUACACCCGUCUCACACACUUGAAGAGACACCUACAAACACACACUUGAGGAAGUCCGGUGUGUUUUCCUGUUUUGGUUUCAUUCUGAAAAGCGUUACCAUGGAUUGCUCUUUCACUGUCUGUCAAUUUGUUAUGCUGAAUAACGUCAAUGUAUAACUGAAAACCAUGCUCACCAUGCCUUUUUCUCAAACUGUAGUUUGUGUACAUUACUGCCAACAUGGAUGGAAAAUAAACAAACAUUUCAAAAUAUAAAAUAACCUCUUUCAAGUUACAGUAUGUGUCAUAUAAAUGAGGCAUUUUAUGAUACUUUCUAGCUUGGGCCUGCUUCUCUCUGGAAGUUUGUGGUUUGAGUCAUUUUAUUUUGAAUGUAACAAAUGUCAGCAUAAAAACCAAUACAAAAACUGAGAAGACAAUAUUUGAACUUUGAAAUACAACUGUAUUUUUUUUCUUUCUUCUAUGCAAAUGAAAACUGUUACAGUAGGCUUAAUUUAUUAUAUUCUACCUUACCUAUUCUAUAUAUAAUAAGCAUUUGGCUUAAUUAAAAAUAAUACACAAACAGGUGUGUACGUAAAUGUAAAUAUUGUUUAUUAAACUUUUAUAUAUUAUCGUUUAUAGAUUAUAAUUUGAACACUUAAACUGCUACAAAUGUCAUCUACAUUUCCACAUGGAGGUAGUAGGUACUUUAGCAAUUACGAGUGUUUUGUAUUGUUAUACGUAAACUUGUAUUCAGGUGUGUGAGGUGUAAUUAUGGCUUAUGGUCAUGUGUAUGCAGGGCCACUUUCAGUUGCCAAACUUU